AUCAGCAAUCAACAAGUACGGCCGGUGUAGCCGAUAAACAUUUCACAAUUUCAUACCACACCGUUAUCAGCCGCGCAUGUAGUUAGCAAUAGUACAAGAUACAAAAGCGAUAGGUCGGUGAUAAGAGAAAUAGUCGCAAGCUUGCUUCGAAUUGUGUCGCUCAAAAAAUUCGAGUUCCUUUGAUCUCCGUGCGUAGCCAGCCGCACCUUUCAGAAAACAGGUAGGGUAACGCACCACUGCCUGUUUGUAGUUGAAAUCCAGACCAUGCCGAAGAAGAAAACUGGUCAGAGGAAGAAGGCGGAGAAGCAAAAGCUUCGCCAGAAAGCCAUUCGCGGAAAUGCGGCCAGGGUUAACCUUGGUGACCAUCCGUGCAACGCCGUCAUGGAGUGUGACAAGUGCUCCAGGAAGCAAAAGAACCGGGCCUUUUGCUACUUUUGUUCCGCUGUUCAACGACUUCCAGUAUGCGCAAAGUGUGGAAAAAUGAAAUGCAUGAUGAAGACUGGCGACUGUGUUGUGAAGCAUUCAGGCCAAUUCACAACUGGACUCGGCAUGGUUGGUGCCAUCUGUGACUUCUGUGAAGCAUGGGUUUGCCAUGGCCGGCAGUGCCUGACCACACAUGCCUGCACUUGUCCACUUCAAGAUGCCACGUGUAUUGAAUGUGAGCGGUAUGUGUGGGAGCAUGGAGGCCGCAUUUUCAAGUGCUCCUUCUGCGAUAGCUUCCUUUGCGAGGAUGAUCAGUUUGAGCACCAAGCUAGUUGCCAAAUCUUGGAAGCCGAGACACUCAAAUGUGUCUCUUGCAAUCGUCUUGGUCACCAUUCUUGUUUACGAUGCAAGGCUUGCUACUGUGAUGACCACGUGAGGCGCAAGGGAUUCAAGUAUGAACGAAACCAGCCCAUGCCUUGCCCGAAAUGUGGUUUUGAGACGCAACAAACAAAAGACCUCAGCAUGUCAACUCGCCAUCAUAACUACGGAAGGCAGCAGAUGCGUGAUGAUGACGAUGACGAUUAUGGUUCCAGCAGUGGCUACGGAGGAGGUGGCUAUGGAUAUUAUGGUGCAGGUGGUGGAGCAGGCGACAUGGACGAAAAUGAAGAUGAUGAAGAGGAGGAGGACGAUGAUGAAGAAGAUGAUGAUGAUGAUGAAGAUGAUGACUCUAAUGAAGAGAGUGAAGAAGAAAAUGAAAAAGAGGAUGAAAAGGAAGGUGAAAAGAAAGACACCACAGAGUCUAAGGAAUAAAAUUUUUCUUGCACAAUGCAACAGGAAUCCAUCGGUCAAAACAGAGCUUAAUAACACAAAGAGACAUAGAUAUUAUAGUAGUUAAACUUCUGAAGACCUAAAUUAAGAACAGUUACUUUAUGCACAUAAACAGGAUUUAUGUUAUACACAGUAAUAGGAUUUUGCAAAUAAAGUGUUCAUUCAGGGC